CACGCAGCCAAACUUUCCUACAAACUACGCUCCCCGGGGAAAGGGAACAUUUUUCAUGUCCCAUGUCACGUCACUCCAUAUUGAUGCGGCAUCAAGCACCAGGUCUGAUCACGAUUCUCACUACCUCCGACUCUCUUACGAUAGGUCAGACUACGCAGUUGCUCCUGAACCUGGCGGUGCUUCGUGGUGACGUGCACUCCCACCGCGCCCGCCUUUUUGAGUAAUGAUCAUCAACUUUGUGAAGUUCGGGGUUUGAUCAACUUCGCGUAAAGGGAUUCCCCUCCCUGGAGGCGAACUAUAAGUAAGAGAGUGUCGAGUCGCCGUUCUCUACUUUGUUCCUCCUCAAAUUCAACGAAGCAUGGUGAACUCUACCGGCUUACUCGGAGUCGUCCUCCUCGCCCGCCACGGUGAUCGGCUGGAGUUUUUCCAAGAUCCCAACACAUAUACGCCUACUGAGACGUAUUUGACUCCUUUGGGAUCAGUUCAAGAACUUCAGCUUGGUACUUUCUUGAGAUCACAGUAUCUCACCCCGUCAUCGCCAUCUUUCAUCAGUGGCAUCAGUACCGAUGUGGUCAAUAUCAACCAAAUUUCUGUACAAGCUGAUGCUGGUGGAGGAGGGAGUGUCAUCUUGAAUUCUGUUCAAGGACUCCUCCAAGGGCUGUACCCGCCUACAACGGAGUCUAAUAUUACCCUCGCGAACGGCACUACCAUCGUAGGUCCUCUGGGAGGGUAUCAAUAUAUUCCAGUCGACUCCAUCGAACCGAAUGUGCUUCCCACCUUGAACAGUUUCACCAACUGCCCGAAUUUCAACACGCAUGUGUCAGAAUUCUAUGCAUCACCGGCGUUUUUGCAAGAGGCCCAGGAUGCUGCACCGUUCCUUGAUGCUCUGGAGCCCUAUUUGGGCGGUCGUAGCAACAAUUUUACGAACAUGUAUAAUAUUUUCGAUUACGUCAAUGUCCAGUCUGUUCAUAAUGCGACUUUCUACAAGCAACUGCCGCCUACUUUCGCUGCUCAAUCAUAUUACUAUGCUAACUACCACGAAUACGGCGUAUUCUCCGCGCCGACACCGAACGGCAUUGGAAACAUUGCUGCUGCGACUCUUUUGCCGACUAUUUUCACGGCAUUGCAGGAUAUCACGAAUUCGUCUAAUGGUCUGAAGAUAGCUUUGACUGAAGUCAGCUACAAGCCUUUCAUCAGCAUGUUCAAUGUCACCCAAGCUGAUGUCACAGACCCUGACAUUGCAGGAAUCGUGGACUAUGCUUCAGUUGUGGCUCUGGAGGUUUACGAGGACUCUAACAGCCGACCGUAUAUAACCAUGAAGUUCAAGAACGGUACCACUGAAACUGACUACAGACAGCUCUCUAUGUUCGGCAACACCACUGUUUACAUUGACGAUUUCAUCAGCCAACUGGCUGGCUCGACCAUCAACACUACCCAGCAGUGGUGUCAGGCGUGCAACCAGACUAGUUCUUGGUUGAGCUGCAACCUGCUGAUUGGUAACUAGAUCAUCGCUUCGCACUCGUUUCCGCGAAGUACGACAUGAUAUAGGGGUUGAGUGGUGUGGAUGAUAGAGUCAAGGCGGGCACGUUGUUGUAUUUAUCAAAAUGUGAAAUGCACUUAAACUGAAGACAGCGGAGCACUGAAAGCUGGUCGUACUCGACUUGCAACUUGAGCCCGAAUUAUGCACAUUUAACCAGUUGGCCAAUUGGACCCGGU